UGUGCAUCGAAUGCAACCACGAUCCUGAAUGCUGAAUCUCGUGUUUUUUUUUCCAAUAUAUACACGAGUUUUUAUCGACUAUAAAUUGGAAAUCUCUUAAUUGUGAAAUUUCAUUCAAGGAUUGAUAAUCAUAUUUAACUGGUAUAUUUUUGCAACACCCAGUAUGCAUAUUGAAAUCUGUACCCGGCACGCAACACCUCUGCGUAAAGAAGAGGGACGGUAAAUGAUCGGCACUUCUCUCUCACCCACUCUUGGAGAGAUCUCUCUCUUGUAUUCUCAUAGCAUAGGAGAGACUCACAGUCAGCCUCCUGACAUUUCUCAGAUUGUCGAUAAAGUCGACACUGAUUGAAUUGGUGGAAAGAGAAGGAUGGUGAGCUCCCGUUCACCAGGCGUAAGUGUCACCUGUAAUAACAACUCAACAGUCGACGUAUCUAAUAAGAACGAACUGGCAGUUAAUAGUACAUCAAGAGAAGAACCAAAUCAACCUAUCUAUAAUUCAACGAAUGAUAAUAAUGAAUCGGAGAGAAAUUUAAAUGACGAGAGAUCAUCACAAUGGAACAGUAUCAGCGAAAGUGGUCCACCUUCAUUUUCAAUGUCAAUCGAUUUGAAUCGUCACGAUUCGGGAUCAUUUUCAGCCAGUCCUGAUCCAAAUAAUGCUUCUUCUUGUGAAGUCAAGGUCAUCGCUGGAAAUCACGAGGAGGAAGAACGAUACGAGGCAUUUGGUUCUGUUGAAGGUGAUUGCGACGAGGAAGAAUCUCCCGGUGGUAGCAGCUCUGCACCAUCGCCUACUGGACCCGCUUCUUUAAGAAAUCCGAGAAGUCCCAACUCAACUAUUGGCAGACAUUCCUGGCUUAGAACUUCGCUUAGAAGAACUCCUUCUGGAACCAGCAGAAAAAGAUUGGGUUCCAAUGCUCUAGCAAGUCAACUUUAUCGAAGUAGUAGUUUCAAUAGUUCAGGAAGAGGUUCUAUCUGUGAUACAGGCGAAGAAAUGUACAGCGAUGUUUCUUUAGAAGACGACGUUUUAGAUCUCAAUCACAGAGUACAAAUGAUACAAGAACAAAUGCACGCUUUAGUGGACACACAAUCGGUAGGGGAAGAGAGAUACGCGAGAGCAAAGGAACAAAAUGCAACACUUCAGGCCAGGGUACUUAUGUUGGAAGAAGCUGCUAAAGAUGCUGAGAGCAGAGCUGAAGAAAGAUUACAAGCCGAGCAGAGAAGGCAUCGAGACUUUGCUUGUCGAUUGGAACGUGAGAAGGAAUUACAAUUGGAAAAUUGCUCGAUAAAAUUGCAAGCAAUGGAACUUGAGAGUGCGAGUUUACGUGAUGAAGUCUCCCGAUUACGGGAACAGUUAGAAAAAGUUCGAGUGGAAAAAGGUCAACUUGAAAAUACAUUAGACGAUGCAAGAAGAGAAACUGAAACUGCACGUGAACUUGGACGUCAGGCAGUGAGUCGUUCAAAUGAAGCUAAUCAUAUGCUUGAAGUUGCAAGAGAAGAAUUAGCGGCUCACGUUGAUGAACAACAAAAAUUAGAUCAAUUAAUUCAAGAAAUUUCCCAUUUACGAGCUCGAAACAAAAGUUUAGAGGAAUCAAGAGAUGAAUUGCAAGCGGCAGCGGCUUUACAAGCGGGUCGUGAAUUAUUAAUGUUGAAUCCAUGUGCGAAUAAUGUCGAAAAAGGAUCUAGUCUUGCUGCUGAAUUAUUAGCAGGAAUGAAUCAAGAUCAGACUGAUGGAAAUAAAUCGAGGGAACCAGAACCACGCACAUUAGCUGAAUUAAAGCAAGCCCUAAAGGAACAGCAAGAAGUAAAUUCUCAAUUGCGAUCUUAUAUUGACGGAAUUCUGCUGAAUAUAGUGGAAAAUUAUCCUCAACUUUUGGAAGUGAAGCAAGUAAAUUAAAAACAAUUUUUGCCAAUUGUAGCAAAAAAAAAAGGAUAUUAUGUCGUUAUAAUGAUAAAAAAAUAGAAUUAAUUGUACAAAUAGAUUACUAUAAAAAAAUAGUUAUAUAGCUUUCGAGUGAUAAACAGGGUGACUCUCAAAAUAAUAUACGGAUUGAACUGAAUCAACGAAUUCUUUUUUGUUAUAAUAAUCUCAAUUUGAGAAGUCAAGUUUUUUGCUAUUUUAGACUAAUUCUCAAAUUUUUAUUGUUGAUAUAGUUUCUUGAACGUAUAUUUUCCUAUUUUGCGAGAUGUUCUCGCUUUUAUUUUAUUAUUAUUUUAGAAACUUUUACAUUUUAUUUGAUGAAAAUUAAUUUUCUUUUCGACGAUACAAAAAAAAAAAAUCGUCUUUAUUAUCGUUUUAGUCUUUGCGAAUUGUUUCUAAUUAUUAAUUUUCAUUUAAAAUUUAAAAAAAGGAUCUCCCAUUCUUAAACUAAGAAGUGCUUUUUAGAUCUUUAUUAAGAUAAUGUUUGUAAUAUUAAAUUUUGUGAAAUCACUGCCAGUACCAAAUGACUCACCAAUUAAUAUGGGCAUUAUAUUAUAGUGUCAAGAAUGGCAGUGGGCGUUUCAAAAAUUUUUUAUUAACAUUAAUAAUAUCAACGAGUUUUGUGUGAUAAUUUGUUUUUAAUAUUGGGAAAAAUUUUGAAAAAAAUCUUUUAUACAAUUAAUAAUAAAAAAAAAAAAAAACAGUAAAUUUUCUUACAGUUUGUCAUAAUGCAUCGAAAUAAUAUGUGACUUUGUUCCCUAUUUUUUUCCUUUGUUUCCCCGCACUAAUUUUAAAUUAGAUGACAGAAGGAAAAAAGUUACCAGUUGGAAUAUUGCAAAAAAAAAAAAAUUGACUGGAGCAAAAUCUGUGAUGGGGCGAAUGAUACUUAGAAAAUACAAGUGACUAGUAUUUUUAUUCUUGCGAUUUUUCUGCAUUCUGGGUCUUUGUAUUAUGAAAUAUUAUUGAUGAUUAAACGAUUAUAUUUUGAUAUAAA